AUGGCUCUUUCCACUACCACUCUGGAACCACCUGGGACCAAAAACCCCUCCAACACUGGCUCAUCUACACCAUUGCAACCCUCAUUCACACCAAUGUCACCCUUUUCAACACCUCUUUACUCACAAGUAGCUACUCAGAACGCACUUCCACUUCUUGAAAAGCAACCUCAUGUUAUCUUCAGCUCUACAAAUAACACGACCCCACGUACCUGGCGUGUAGGAGCUCUUCUCUCAGCUUACCCUCGCGAGGUUAACAUGGGCAUCACUCUUGGCUCACGCUCUUCCCCUGAUACAUGUGAACUUUAUCUACCUACCAGCGCUGACUGCGAGCAAGUGUGCUCUCAACCUUUGGUAGUCAGCAAUUCGUCUUUCCCUGCUCAACCUGCUGUUCCAAUUGGCACAAUUGUUUGCCGUGUUUUUCUAACCAAGCUUCCUUGUGUUCCUUAUCAUGAACUGGCUACACAACUCGCCAAAUUGUGGGAGAUCGCCAUUCAUGAAUCAUAUGGGUUUUUUGACGGUUCUGGCUAUGUUGUCCUCGCCAAUACACCUACCAACAAUGCGCCAUCAGAUUCUCUGACAUACCAAAUUGCAUACGAUGGUACGCAAAAGAUUCUUCGUAAGUGGCCUUCUGUUGUAUCCAAUGUAAUCGUAGAUUUAAAUUAA